CAUCAUUGGUGGUCAACGGUUCGUCAUUCAGAAGUUCCUGUUCGUCCUGCUCGCACUUCUCACUAUUAUCGAUCAUGGGUUGGCUACCGUGGGUAUCAUCAGAUACACCUGGGGGUCCUAAGAAAACCAGCGACGGCGCAUUCGAGGCACCGAACAAGACAAAUCGAGCGAAAUGCUACGAAGCAAGAGACGCAUUUUUUGAAUGCCUUGACCGGCACAACAUCCUGGAUAGCAUAAAUACAAAGGGAGGCCAAGCAGCCGCAAAGCAAGCUUGUGGCAUAGCAGACCAGGAAUUUGAGAAGAAUUGUGCGCACAGCUGGGUGGAGUACUUCAAGAAACAGAGAGUUGUCAAUUACCAAAAGGAGCAAACCAUCAGGAGAAUAGAAGCACAAGGAGGAGAAAUUGUAGCCCCUCAGCUACCUACAAGGUCAUAGAACUUGCGCCAUGGUGAUUCAUUCGCAGUUAUGUACGCUAUGUAAACUACAUGGGAAUCGUUGUUCCUACCUACUGCGCGUAGCUUUCGCUUGUACCAACAAGUAGGCAUUGGCAAAUUGUCCUGGGCAAAAUUACUGGAAGGUGCAGCAUAUCCGAGGCAAGUCUCAGGGCUUUUAAGUAUAAGAAACAUCCAUGGCAUAUGUAGAUGGAAGCUGCAGAGGAACUGGUCGGGUAAGACCUCAGGGUCUCUAGCCGAUGGGUGCGAUAGCUGAGCGUGUCGUUCCCCGCAGACAAAAACAUUCUUC